UAAUGUAGUUAAUGUAUUUGAAAAUAAGUGAGAAUAGCCAAAAGAUGGAGGACUAAUAAAAAAAGUGGCUUUUUUAUGAUCAGUCUCUUAUUGUGUCUCUAUAUUAAAUGAGUAUCUAAUGACAUCUCUUGGUCAUUUUAACAACUAUCGAUUGCAGAUACCAAUUGUAGGUUAUAUAGCACUCUUAGAAAGCACGACGUCAUUCCCUGAAACAUCACUCGUUGCCUAAAGCCGUUAGAAUUGAUUAGAAUUACACGUUAAAACAUUGGAGUCGCGUGCUUGUCGUGUUUCACUUUCGUUUUUAUCUCGGCGGAAUUUGAGGUAGGAAAUAUAAUAUUUGUCAAUCGGUACGUAUCGCCGUCGUCAAUGUUGCGACAACGUGAAGGGAGAAUAUAAAUUCAUAUAUGUAGUAGAGCGUAUGCAAAUUUCCGAGUUCGUACGAGAUAAUUUCUGUCGGCUUCCACUCUUUCCAUGUCGGCACGCGGAAGUACCAAGCUGCAGGUAGAUUCGUUCGGAAUCCUAAUAGAGAGAUCUGUCAUUGAAAACCAGCGACGGGACAUUCGUAUCGUCUUGAGAAAUAAAUUUUUUCGUAAAAUCCAAGCAAGAGUCUGAAGAUAGUGGGACUUAUUGAAUUGAGAGUGAAUCGAGAAAGAUUUUAAUUCUUUGCCAGGAUGUCUGGAAGCAAUGAUAAUUUUAACAAUAAUACCUGCGUGGUGUGUUAUAAGAAUGUUGACAUCUACAGCAUUGGCAUGUGUGAGCAUCCUGUCUGUUACGAGUGCAGUACCCGGAUGAGAGUGCUCUGUCGUCAAAAUGAAUGCCCCAUCUGCCGCCAAGAUAUGCCAAAAGUAGUAUUUACUCGAGAUAUUAAAUCUUUUCAUAGCUUAACUGGAACUAACCUGGUGGAUACGCGAUAUGACAUUUACUUUAGCAAUUUGGAUAUUCAAGAGAAAUUCACUGAAUUAUUAGCUAAUACAUGUUCAAUAUGUAAGGAGAAAACAGUCUUUAGCAGUUUCAAUAGUUUAAAGGACCAUAUGCGACAACGACACGAGCUGCAUUAUUGUGACCUGUGUGUAGAAAAUUUAAAGAUAUUUUCUCAUGAAAGACGUUGUUACACGAGAUCAAGUUUAGCUACACAUCGGAGAAAAGGUGAUGUUGAUGAUAAGAGUCAUAAGGGUCAUCCGCUCUGCGAGUUUUGCGAUCAGCGGUACAUGGAUAACGACGAGCUAUAUCGACAUCUGAGACGCGAUCAUUUGUACUGUCAUUUCUGCGAUGCGGACGGUCUGCAUCAGUAUUAUAGCUCGUACGAUUAUCUCAGAGAUCAUUUCCGGCAAGAGCACUAUCUGUGCGAGGAAGGAGUGUGUGCAGAGGAAAAAUUUACGAGCGUUUUUCGGACUGAUAUUGAUCUCAAGGCGCACAAAGCCAGCGUUCACGGCAAACAGUUGAGUAAAGCCGCCGCCAAGCAGGCGAGAACGUUAGAGCUGGAAUUCACUUUGGCGCCACGUGGCGAGAAUCGCAUAAACAGAAGAGGUAUGUUGGGCGCGUCCACAUCGAGGAGCACAAGGGAUUACGGAUCCAGGGAUUACCAGCAAGGUUCGAUACCCAGCAGCUCCAGUUCAUUUGCGUCCAACAACGAACCUACCUUUAUAAAGCAACCGUCCGUAGAUGUACAAAGCACUGACGAGUUUCCAACGUUGGGUGGUAAUGCCGCCCCUCCCGUCAUUCCUACCUUGACUCAGCCUAAGAGCAGAGGAAAUGUGACUAUUCGAAGCACCGUAAGAAAUCAACCACUUGCGGUAACAGAUGAGAAUUUCCCGGCGUUGGGUCCGGACUCGGCCGGUCCUAGUAUUUCAAAAACAGUGAACUUCAGCGUUUCCAGCAGUAGUAACGCCACAGGAUCCAGUGGUAUACCACAGUGUCAGAAAGCUUCCGCAUCGUCGAACGUUUCCAUUCAGGUGAAUCAUGAGCCCAACGGCACAGUCACUACUAGAGUGUCUGGACCCAAUAUCAGGAUACGCCCCGCACAAUUGUCAAUAGAUUCUGAUUUCCCUGCCUUGAGCAGCUCCGAACCGUCUACCAGUACUGCCAAUUCGACCCAAUGGAAGGAAGUUCUGCAGUGGACUUGCUCAAAAUCGGCAUCGGCGAAUGCAUCCAAGUCAAAGAAAAUCAUACCAUCAUCUUCGAUAUCGACGCCGCCUAUUCGAUCUGGUGAGGACUUUCCAAGUUUAUUUAAAUCAUCAAAAUCAAAAAAACAAUCGGUAAUCACGGUAGUGCCAUCGUGGGGACAGAAUUCGCAAAAUACUAACAACACUCAGAACUCUAGUAUUAGCAACAGCACGAAAACAAUGGAUCAAACAAAGGGUAAGAUGAAAAAGAAGAAAGCGAAGCAGGCUUCGAGCGGUAAUAGUUCGAGCAGUAACGAAUCUGGCAGUUCCAAAUCGAACAUAAGUACUGUAGUGAAGAAAGAUAUUGAAUUGGCACAUACUGACUCGGAUAAUUCUCGCAUCGCUUCUAAGGAGAGUUCGCGAGCCAUGCAUGAUAUCAACAGUGAUAUAGGCGGCGAUAACAAGAAUUCGAGAGAUUCGGAAAACUCGAGUAAGAAGGAUAAAAGGAAAAACAAGAACAAUUUAGACGGUAAUUUGGAUAUCGCAACUGUUAUAGGUACAGAAUCCGAAAGUGGAGGUAAUGGUUCUUCGAGCGGAGAGAAGCAGAGGAAACGCAGCGAGCUGAAGAUAAACAGUCUGAAUACGACCAACAAUAAUAUUCAUCGGGCGGAAGACUUUCCCGUUUUGAGUAGUGCUAGCAGCAGACCGCCGGGCUUCACGAAUCCGCCACCUGGUUUCACUUCACCGACUCCACCACCGCCCGGUUUCUCCAUCAAGUACAACAGCUUCGAUGGAUUACACGGUGGCAACGGUCUGACAUUCACAAAUAGUUCCGGUGAGAGCUACUCCAUUCUACCAGACAACAGCAAACAUGUCUACGUGUCACCACCCGAUUUUCAAAAACGGAACACGUGCCUCGUUGCAAAGCUCAAUACGGUCCUUGUGGAGCAGGACAAAAUCGAGGAAUUCCGUUAUGUUAGCGGCCUUUUUCGAGGCGGUACCUGUGAUGCCCAAAAGUAUUACAUGCAUUGUCGCGAAGUCAUGGGUGCCAACGCCUUCGAGAGCGUAUUCCCCGAACUUUUGAUACUGUUACCGGACAUCGUGAAACAGCAGGAGCUAUUUAAGGUACAUAAGCGAGAAAUGGGCGGCAAAACGAAGGGAUUGGAGAUGUGCGCCACAUGUGGCCAAAUUCUUAAGAAUGGUUCGGACUUUAAAACGCAUAUGUCCAGUCACACACUUGAGAACCACUUUCCGGCAUUGGGUAAGAACAAUACACCAUCGCCCAAGAAUACAUGGGUACGUAAAUAAGUCAAUUAUGCCCUCUCAUUGAUCGUUAUUGUGAUCGUCGUUGUGAAGAACCUGCACGAGCCGAAUAUCUGCGCUGAAAACGAUUGUAAAUAUAACACUCUUGUUUUUAUACCAUCAUCGAGAUUAAACUUAUUAUAUAUAUUGCGUUUAUCCGAUAUGUAAUAUUUAUUCCAGAAAUCAGUUGAUCUUUAGUGUUAAAGAUGAACUUGUGCAUAGAAUUAGCGCUGACUAUUCGCAUAAAAUUAAUAUUUGUUGUGCAUUGUAAGGCAGUAUUGAUUGAAAUGAAAAAAAAA